CUACAGUGCCAACGGAAAAGCGGUGGCUUUUUUUUCCAGCUGCUUGUCCCGCGUUGAAGAAGCGCAGAAAGACAAGAAUAGAAAUGCUCUUGCGAGCUUUAUGGAGAACAAUAGGCUCACGUUCGACACAAAAAACGCACGCAACAAAGGUCUUUUGUAUGAAUUGUUCUAUUUUCUGUUUGACUACAAUCUGACAAUCCUAUUUGAACUCUCCGUCGACGCUUGGCCGCAGCGUGAAGGGUCGGUUCGAUUCAUUCACAUAGUUGCCAGCAACGAUUUUGAGAAUUGGUCAAAGAUCAGAGCUAUUAGUAUCCAAGAAAGGAAAUACGACGAGCUUGUGAAACGAGUCGUGGCGGCCACGGGAGUUCCUGAUGACUCUAUUGAACAUCUAUGUCUGAAGAUUGUGAGAGUUGAAGAAAUGAUAAUGAAAAUCUGGAAAAAUCGAAUGGCGUACAGCGACAGCAACAGCAGUCCAUUGACAGAUAAAUGGGAGUCUACGUUGAGGCUGCACUCGAGAGCUGCGUUUAAAGACGGUUACUCUUUAGACUUGAAAUCCGACGUUCCCGCGUUCCUCGACGCUGUCCUCACGAAACUCCUCCCGACCGAGCAUAGCCUCUACCUGACCUGGCUGAUCACGCGUCACUUGGCCAGCGUGUCAGGCCUCGUCACCGCUGAUUCUGUGAAACAGAACAAGAAGUUUUGUUUCCGAAAAACAUACGCACUCUUCAAAAACGCCGUCAUUGCGCCAUAUCUCCUCCAGGCGGUUGACCAAACCACAAUAUCCGAGGUUCGUCGUAUGAUCGAACUCAUUGCCCAAGAGGUACAAGUUAGCAUAAAAUAUUCAGAUUGGUCGGAACCUGACAUGAGAAGCAAGCUUCAAAGGAAAAUUGCCGCUGUGAAGUGGAAACUGGGCUUUCCCGCAGGCCUAUCUUCCUGGAACGGUAUAAACAGAUACUACAGCCGCUACCCCGUACCAAGAGGCUCGUUUCUCGACGCGUACCUGGCCACAUCACGAGCUUACGCGAAGCAGCAGUUAAAAUUACGGCCUUAUCGAUCCAGUCACUUUGCCAAUGCCGAGUUGGAGAGUGACAAACCGAGCGUCUCAUACGGCGGACCGAACACCAUUUCCAUCGCUGCUGCUGCCAUGGUGUCGACGUUCUUCGACGUCAGGGAGCAGCCAGCGCUGAAUUUCGGCGUCCUCGGCUCCAUCGUGACGCGGCAGUUGAUGGGAGCUUUCCACCACGAGAACCGCAGGUACGAUGAGCAGGGAUACCGGUUCACAUGGAAUGAAUCGGAAGAGAUCAAGUUCAUGGACCGCUGGAACUGCCGGCAGAACCUGCGACCUGGUCUUCCGUAUGACGACGCGGAACCCACGGUGUCGAUCGGAGCUCACGCUCUCUUCAGGGCCUACAAGAAGGCGGCGGCUGGACGGUUCGAUGUGGCGUCGGACGGUCUUAACAGUGAUCAGCUGUUCUUCGUGAGCCGUUGUUACGUCUACUGCGGAUACAGGCACAUAGACACGCCGCACGAGUGCGCUGUCCUGGCUCAGGACUCACCAGAGUUUGCAAGAGCCUUCAACUGUCCCAAGGGGUCUCCAAUGAACCCGGAGAAUAAGUGUGACCUCUGGUAG